UUUUCAAAAAAUAAAAUAAAUCAUCAUGUCAUCACUUGUUCGAGGUGUUUUCAUUGUUGGAGCCAAGCGGACACCUUUCGGUACAUUUGGUGGUAAAAUCAAAGAUGUUGGCUCAGUUGAUUUAGCAAAAAUCUCAGCACAAGCAGCCAUUGCACAAUCGAAAAUCGAUCCGAAAUCAAUUGAAUCCGUUAAUGUUGGUAAUAUUAUUCAAGGAUCACAAACAAAUGGUCCAUACAUUUCUCGACAUGUUGCUCUGGGUGUUGGUUGCGGUAUCGAAGUUCCUUGUUUGACCGUCAAUCGUCUUUGUGGUUCUGGAUUUCAGGCCGUAGUUAACUGUGCACAAGAUAUCGUGAUGAGAGAUGCCGAAAUUUCAUUGGCAGUCGGCACAGAAAGUAUGAGCCAGGCUCCAUUUGUCUUACGAGAAUCUAGAUUCGGCGUCAAAUUCAGUCAAGCUCCAGUAAUUGAAUGUGCUCUGUGGUCAUCAUUGACUGAUUCAUAUGUUAAAAUGCCUAUGGCUAUCACAGCAGAAAAUCUUGCCGCUAAAUAUAAUAUUACCCGUGAAGAUUGUGAUAAAUUUUCAUUGACCACACAACAACGUUGGGCUGAAGCUUAUAAAGCCGGUAAAUUCAAUGAUGAAAUUGUUGGUGUCCCCAUCAAAGUAAAAGGCAAAGAUGCAUUGUUCGAUAUGGAUGAACAUCCACGACCUGAUGCCACCAUGGAACAAUUAGCUAAAUUGAAACCUGUAUUUAAAAAAGAUGGUGUGGUCACUGCAGGCAAUGCUUCUGGUGUUAAUGAUGGUGCCGGUGCAUUGGUUUUAGCCAGUGAAGAUGCCGUCAAAAAACAUUCAUUAGCACCAAUGGCUCGUGUUGUCGGUUAUGCAAGUGUUGGUGUUGAUCCAACAAUCAUGGGAAUAGGUCCAGCACCGUCCAUCCGAAAAGUGUUACAAAACAAUAAUCUAACAUUGGAACAGAUUGAUGUCAUCGAAGUGAAUGAAGCUUUUGCUGCACAAUUUUUGGCCGUAGCUAAAGAUUUGGGAUUGGAUCUGAACAAAACAAAUGUUAAUGGUGGUGCCGUUGCUAUUGGUCAUCCAUUGGCUGCAUCUGGUGCCCGUAUUUUGGCCAAUCUUAUUUACGAAUUAAAACGACGUAAUGGUAAAUAUGCUAUCGGAUCGGCUUGUAUUGGUGGUGGUCAAGGUAUUGCCGUUCUCAUCGAAAACAUUAAUUGAACAUUUUAUCAAUGGAAAAAAUGAAUAAAUAUAAGAUGCUUUUUUGUGUUUUAUCAUUA